AUGGACCGCGGCGCUGCGCGAAGUAAGAAGCGCGCCGAGAAGGAGGCCAAGGCGGCUGCGGCCGCCUCGUCGUCCAAGCUCGACCUCUUGCUCGGCAACAAGCCGAAGGGGGACAGGCCGCAGAAGGAGCGCAAGGAGAAGAAGCCGAGGCCUGUGAAGCAGAACCGCGUCGAUCCCAACGACCCCAACCGCUUCAAGGCCAAGGCGGUGCGCACGGCGCAUACGCUUGUCUACUCCCAGGAGCAAUUCGCAAUCCCGCCUCCGCCGGAACGCCUUGAGGGCGUGACCCGUAUCGACCUCGAGGGCAGCGGAUGCUCGGACGUGAGCUGGCUACCGGCGUCUACGACUUGGCUCAGUCUCAAGAACUGUCCCGUCACUGAGGGGUGGGACACAGUGGGUGGACUCGAGAACCUCGCCGUGCUCAACAUCAGCGGGUGUGGGCUGAAGGAGCUGCCCGCUGAGCUUGGACGGUUAGCCAACCUCAAGGCGCUUGUCGCUGUCGGUAACGAGUGGACGACGCUGAGCUCGGCCGUCGGAGGAUGGAAGCUCGUGAACUCGCUCAUCAUCAGUCACUCGCCGAACCUCACGUCGCUGCCGCAAGAGCUCGCGGAGCUGAAGCACCUCGCGAAGCUGACACUCUCGCAUUGCCCGCGGUUCACGGCCGAGGGCUUUCCGGACCUCACCUCACUCCCCGUCCUUCGAGAUGUGCGGGCGAACAACCUUCCGCGUCUGACAUCACUCCCUCCCCACCUCCCGACCUGGGGCACCGGGUCCCUCUCCCAAGUGGGUAAGAAGGAUGUUGCCGGUGACGGCCUCGAGGUCCUAGACCUGGGCAACUGUUCCCUCCCCCUCAGUGCGAUCCAGAAGGUGUUCCUCGGCAAGUCGGCAAUCGGCGGCGCCAAGUUCCCUCACCUCCGCUCUCUGACGCUCUCGGCCAACCCCCUCUGCCUCGAGGCGGAGAACUACGCGACCCAGCUCCAGGACUCGCCGCAGCUGCCCAAGAUUCAGAUCAUCGACACGAAGCGCCUCGUCGAGCGCAAGCGCGCAGGCAUGCAGCCCGAGACGAAGCGGGAGCGGAAACAGCGCGAGCGCGCAGAGGGCAAGCGGAAACCGACCGGUGCGAAUGUCGACUCGUCAGCUCGCAAGAUGCGUACGUGGGGCGCGGGGGCUGAGGACGGCGAGAAGGCAGCUGAGGAGCGGUCAAAGAAGGAGCGCAAGGCGGCCGAGGCCGAGGGAGAGGGAGAGGACGAGGAGACCCGCCGUAUCCGGGAACGCAUGGAGCGCGCCGCGGCCGAGAUGGACGUGGACGAGCCCGACCAGGCCGACCAGCCCGACGAGGAGGACGGAGGCAAGAAGAAGCGCAAGCGGAAACGCACCAAGAAGGCUGCUGAGUCGGAGCCCGAGCCGGAGCGGCCAGUCAAGAAGUUGCGCGACGUGCCCGCCAAGGCCUCUGCUAAGCCCUCCGCCAAACCUCUGCCCGAGACCAAGGGCAAGCCCGGCAAGCCCAAGAAGAAGGGUCCCGACCAGGCACAGAUCGCCGCUGUCGUCGCUGACCCGACGACGGCCAAGGCGUCCAAGCCAUCACGGUCUGAGACGGCCGUUGUGGGCGUCGUGGACGUCAAGAAGGAGAAGAAGAAGGACGCCGAAGGCGGCGUCGACCUCGCUGCUAUGCUUAAGAGCGACUCGGGGUCUGGGCUCGGCGUUGGAGGCUGGUAG